CCUUGUGGGCUCUGUCAGGGCGUUAGCUAGCCUUGAUUGGAGCCUCAGUUUGUUUCAGCCCGAGCGAGCAGUCAGAACAAGUCGAGACGAAAAAUUUCAAUUAAAUUGUGAUUGGACGCGAUUCGAACAGAUGCCAAGCGUAAUGCAGAGUCGUCGUGAGCUAAUGCUGGAGGCGGCGCCUGUGCAGCGUCUCGAGGGGGGCGUGGCAGCGCUAGAUGAAAUCGGCAAUGAGGCUGGCCAGGAGCUGGAGCUGGAGCAGGAUCAGUUGGCGGAACGGAACGGGCAGGAGUUGGAAACAUUGGAACAGCAACUGGAAACAGAAACCGAUUGGGAUAAUGAUCUGGACAAACCGAAUGAGUUUUUGCGCUUCUUUCUACGGAUGGGCUUCGGUGCCGUCAUGCAUCCGUAUGAGUACGCCAAGGUGCUGAUGCAGCUGGGCUACGAGCCGCUGCCGGCUGUGGCAUCCACCAGCUGGCUGGGCCGCUCGACGCUGUUUCUGCCGAGCGUGCAUCAGUAUAUACGCUAUAUACGGCAUACGGAUGGCUUUGCCGGACUCUAUCGUGGUUUGGGUCCGCGCAUUUUGAGCAGCGCCAGCUCGGCUCUGUUGUCGGAGAGUCUCGUCCAUUUGGUUGGCUGGAGGCAGCUGGAGAAGCCGGCGCAUCCGUUGCGUGAAUACGUCUCGAAUACGCCGCGAGACGGUAUUAUAAUUGCCACCGGUUUGGCCAUAUCGCAUCCGUUCUAUGUCAUCUCGGUGCGCCAGAUGGCCCAGUUUGUUGGCCGCGAGGUCGUCUAUUCGACAAUCCGGGGCAGUGUGCGCGAGAUUCUUGCCCAGGAUGGGCCGCUCGGCUUCUAUGCGGGCUUUCUGCCGCGCCUCAUCAGCGAUCUCGGUGUGCUCUUCUGCACCAGCACCCUCAGCGCCAUCUGUAAUCGCGUCUUUAUGCUCAAGUCCGAUCAGCGGGAGUAUAACUCGGCUCUGCUUCAAUUUGGUGCCAUCAUGCUGCUCUAUCCCCUUCAGGUUGUCGGCGCCUGUAUGGCCUGCUCCGGCUCGGGCGUGGCAGCCGGCGCACCGCCCUUUAUGCCCAUCUAUUGCCAGUGGAUCGAUUGUCUAACGGAUUUGAUUGCUCGCGGCGAUCAUUAUCGCGGCGCCUUCAUCUUUCGCCGCACUUUGCCCAAAAUGCAAGCCCAGCGUAUCUACGAUCCAUAUGGCGUUUCGCGCAUGAUUUAAAUAUUCCCAGUUUUCUGAAAUUUCUUUGUUCAUUUGUUAAACCAUUAAAAAUUUGGUGUUGCGUUAAA